AUGAAUAUUAAUUACCUAAAAGAAGGUAUGGAGAAAAGUGCCAUCAGUUGUGGCAUAAGACUCUCUCCAGAAGAAGAAUUAAUUGUUAAAAAUUCUUUAAUUCUACUCCAAAAUGAUAACAAAUUUCACAAUAUCUUUUUCUGGGGUCGCAUUAACGCUAUUGAGAAUGAUUACUAUAUUGCUUACGGCUAUACAAAAGAUUGUCUCGCUGAACGAAAAUUUUUUUAUUCAGUAAAUGGUUUUCGAUGGAUAAUGCUUCCUUCACCCGUUAAAGAAAAUAUAUCUGCAAGCAUAUUGUGUCCAGAUAUGUUUAUUGGAGAUCCAACAGCAAUGGCAAAUGUCGUCAUGGACCCAGAAUUUACGAUUGAUGAUAAUCAAGUAAUUCUUGCAACUCCACCUCAAACAAUAAGACUUAAAGAAGAAGAUAGACUUUCUUCGAUAGUUCAUAUAAUCACAGAAGAAAGCGCAUUAAUUCCAAGGGGAGCUCUCUAUAAAUUGACAGACAUGAAUGUCAUUUAUAAUCCAGAAUUUCGUGGAUUAAAUGAACUAGAUUCAACAGAAUUAAUUAACUACCAACUUUAUAGAAAUCCGCAUAAUGAAUACAAUUACAAUUUAUUAAAAAGAAGUGACUAUAAUUUAACAACCGAUUUUUUAGAUACUAUUGAUGAUAUAGUACCAGAAAAUAAUGCUUUUGCUGUCAAUUUAUCACAUGAUGAAACUUUUGUGUCGAUUAAGUCAUUAGUUUGGCCAGGAAUGUUUUUCUUUCACAAAUUACAUUCGAAAAAGCAUGGAUUUGUUUAUUUUGGCAAUGGUAAAAAAAAUUUUGAUCUUCUAUUCAUGUUGAACAAAUAUUAA